AUGUUGCGUGCUGCUCUCACUUCUUCAACAAAGGCCCGUCUUUGUUCAAAGAAUGUUAUUCAUUCCUCUCAAUUAGUAUCAUCAUCAAUUUCCUAUACAUUCAUGAAGAGUUCUAAUAACUCUCUUUUGCUCACGCUGCCAUCUAAACAAAUAAGGUUCUACGCCGAAGCACAAAGAGAAAAAUCACCAAAGAGUAAACAUGGAAAGGAAUCAAGCUUUAAACGUUUGUCCCACGAGGAAUGUGUUCAAGUUUAUGACUUUUGGAAGAGCCAAGGAAAACAAAUUAAUUUUACAUUCUAUAGACAAUUCUUGCAACAUUGUAAUACACUCUGUUGGGACCACCCACAAUAUGUUGAAAAGGCCCUCUCAAUUGCUGAAGACAUGAAAAAGGACGGUAUUGCUUGGAAUCUUGAAGUUUACUUUAUUUUGAUCCAAUGUUGCAUCCGUAGUAAAUCACCACAAAAUUUAGACAAGGCUUUUGCUCUCCAAUCUGAAAUGGAAAAGUCUGGUAUUCAAUCAACUCAACUUAUCUACAAUUCACUCAUUCGUGGUUGUGCUCUUUUGGAUCAAGUGGAAAGAGCCAAGCCAGUUUUUACUGAAAUGAUGAAGUUAAAGGAUAUUCCACAAGGAAUCAAAUUUGAUGAUGUCUAUAAGCAUCUUAAGGAAUUGUAA